GAUCUGGAUAAAAUGUAGCAACUGAGGGGGUCAAAAUGCCGUUAGUUAAGCGCGUGGUCGAGCCAUCCCACCUCAGUCGGGGGAUCGUGGCAAAGGGUAUCCAGAAUGAAUUAGAAUGUGUCACAAACAACACACUCGCAAAUGUUAUACGUCAACUCAGUAACCUAAGUGACCAGGCUGAGGAUAUAUUUGGUGAACUAUCCAAAGAUGCAAAUUCAUUCUUCAAUAGGGCCAAUAGGCUUCAGGAUAGAAUUGAUCGCCUGAAAGUGAAAGUCACUCAACUAGAUUCAAAUGUUGAAGAAGUGUCAUUGCAAGAUAUUAAUCUUCGGAAACCAUUCCGUGCAACUCCGAGUCAAGACCAGCAGGUGUUGAUCCGCCAGACAAUGCCUGUUGCACUGCAAGAAACCUACCAACAAUGUGAUCCUCCGCCAGCCCUUGCUAAACUGGAUGUGUUUAGAGAGGAUGGAAAGUCGAGUAUGAAAUUCUACACAGACCCAAAAUAUUUCUUCCAACUGUGGGUCUCUGAGAUGCAGAAAGACACGGAGCAUCAACGCAAAGAAAUAAAAAAGAAACGUGACAAAAAGCGUCCCCGAUCUGGUGGUCGUGGAGAGCGAGUUGUACGUGAGGCUCAUCGACAAAAAGAUUGGCAAAAACUGGCCAUGGGACAAGAAUUUGUCCCCAGGGAACAGCAGCGUCAAAUGCUGCACCAACAACAGCUAGAGGAACAGCAGCGUCAACAGCAAUCUGGCGAGGAUCGUAGUCCACGUCCUAAUAGCUUAGAAAUACAACAAAAUCACAUGCCUAAUAAUAUAGAGGAUCGUAACAGUCACAUAGAGGGCUACACCACAGAUCCUAGCUCAUUAGGAGGUAGCAAUAGAGACUAUAGGCAACAGUAUAAUAAUGGUGAUGGGCCACCUAGGGGCUCACAAUAUAACCAAGAUAUGCAGCAGAGUGAGAUGUACAACCAAGAAAAGCAGUAUAAUGAAUACAAUCACAACCAAAACCUAGUGAAAGAUCAGUAUAUGAAGGAACAGUAUGAUAUAUCACGACAGAGUAGUCAUAGUGGUAGUGGGUCACAUUUGAGUAGGACCCCCUCAUCUGCAAUAUCCAGCCCCCACAGGCCAGCAGUUGCACCUCCUCCACCCCCAGGGGGAAUGCAGAAUUCACCCCAGAGUAGUCAUUAUGCCAGUAGAGAGGACUUACCCCCUCCUCCCCCACCCCCUAUGCCUAUAUUAGAUCGGUUCUCCCAAUCAAGUCGCGAGGGAACCCCAGGUUAUAGCCCACAUGGUACCCCAGAUAGCACCCACAGGUAUCCCAACCCCCAGGUCAACCAACUUCAGAGGGAAUCCCCACAAGGCAAUUAUAUUAGGGAGUCUCACUCCCCCAGCCCAGCGCGCACGCCAGAUAGUAUGGAUCUUCCACCACCCCCACCCCCUCCCCCUAUGGGUGGCAACACUCCUAACACCCCUGAUACACCACAAAGUAUCCACUCUAUGCCUCCUCCUCCCCCAACACCCCCACCUUUUGAUGGUGCUUCCCCAGGGGGUGUUCCACCACCCCCGCCCCCUCCCCCUAUGGGUAUGUCAUCUCCAGUAUCUAAUGGAGGUAUACCAGCUCCCCCACCCCCUCCACCCCCUAUGGAUAGCACAUCUGUGGGGUCUAACUCAACCAAUGCCUCAUCUACAAUGCCUCCCCCUGAACCAGAGCCAAAGCAACCUGAUGCUAGAAGUGAUCUGCUGAAAGCUAUUCAAGAUGGUUUCAAGCUGAAGAAAGUAGAAGAGCGUAAGUUAAAGGAGGAGAAACACAAACAAGGAGGUACUGGUCAACUUGAUGUGCAGUCCAUCAUGGACAAGGCAUUUGAGAUGAGAAGACGGGCUCUCGAGGUUAGCGAUUCUGAGGGAGAAGAUGACUCAGAUUUGGACGAUGAUGAUUGGUCAACAGAUGCUUAGUGAUACAAACGUGCGGCUGAUUGGUCAAUUUGAUGUUUAUUUAAUGAUUGCGAGGUAGACAUAUCUGUGAAAAUGAUUGAACAACAUUACUGGUCACUAUGGAGAUAGUGUAAGAUUGUAAUUGGUCAAUUAAGACACUGAAACAAGCUGAUUGGUCAGUUGAGAUAUUAACCAAACUAAACUGAUUGGUCAGUUGAGAAACUGAGCCAAGCUCAUUGGUAGAUCGAGAUAUGGCUCAGGGAAGCAAGAUGAUUGGUAGGUUUCAUGUAUGACACUGAAUUAAGCUUACCAUUGAUUGGCGAAACAAGAUUCUGAACCAAGCUACAACAGGCUUUGCAGAUUAUGUUCAUAGGAAUUGAUAUCUAAAUGUCACAUAUUUAUUUGUAAUUAUAGUGACAUUUAUGAGAAAUAGAAAGGAUGAUAUGGAAGUGAGCUUCUAAAGAUAAACACGCAGAAUGAAUAUGAGAUUAGAGUUAAAUGCACAGAAAUAAUGGAUUUAACAAGAGCAGGAUUUAACAAGAUGAAAGAACAUCGAAUUUUGAGAUUUGUGAUUUUUGAUUGUGGCCAGCUGUUUGAUUGAAUCCAUAAAUUAAUGCUGUAUUACAUGAUAUGGUCACAUUUGACUCCACAUGGUAAUAUUUGAUGUCACAUGGUCAUAUAUUAUUUGAUAUCAUAUAGUCAAACCGGAAUCACAUAAGUACUCCACGAUCAAAUAUGUUAAAACAGGAAACUACCUAAAACAAGUAUGGAAGGAAGUUUUUGCAAAGACAAAAUCAGAAAAUCAAUGGUUAUUUGCUAUGGAGAGACCAAAAAGCCAAUGAUCAAUAUAUAGAUUGGUUCAUUAUAAUAUUAUAUAUUUGCUUUUAACAAAGGAACAUUUAUGUAAAUAUUUACAGUCUAAUGCACAGUCUCAAUAAAUAGGGGAUAGGUCAUUCAUUUACCUGUGCCAAUUUCCAAAUUUUUGUCACUGUGCAUUAGACUGAUUGGCUUUCGAAACUGUACAGUAUAUGAUAUAUUAACACUUAAAACCAAUACGCAAUGAUCAAUAGGCUAAACUACAUAUUUUUAAG